GCAGGCUCGAGGGCCUGAACCAAAUGGCUGGAAGUAACGUCGAGGAGCCUGGAAGACAAAAUUGAGCCUGUACAUAUCAAUAUUGCUGCGGUGACGCCUUCAUUUAAUUCACAGAUUAACAAUUUACACGUUUUUUUUCGAUAAAGACAAAUUAGUUUUGGAAAAAGUACCACGGUAUUGUUAUUUGUGCCCUUUGGGACCCUGUAGCCAUCGAUGAUGUCAUCAGACAGUGCCGGAUGCAUGGUGAAGUCCACCACCGAGGGAUAACGCAAGCAUUCAUUAAUGAAGCUCUAAAGUGGAGGUCAACCUUCUGCAGGGCUCUGCCACCUACAAGCAAACAAGUCAUUCCAGAAGUUUUGUUUGACAUAUUUGCACAGCUUCCUCACCGACUACGGUGUCAAUCUCCUGGAGCAGCUGCAGCUCCGCAUCUGGAUUCUGUUUGAGAAGCAGCGGCUUGAAGAAUAGGCUGACGGACAGAGUGUCCGGUGCUGCGAUUACCAUCUCCAUCUCAGAGCGAGGAUGGCGCCUGUCCUGCUGCUCUGGCUUGCUGUGUGUCUCACUGGGACCCUAGCUGUGGACCGUGGCAACUUCAAAACCUGUGACCAGAGUGCCUUCUGCAGGCGUCAGCGAGCGUUGAAACCUGGCGAGUCUCCCUAUUGAGCCCUGCUGGAGACCAUGGAGCUAACCAACACAAGACUCACCCUGCAGCUCAAGAAUGACAAGAACAAGGUGCGUCUCCUGCUGGAGCUCUAUCGCCUGCAGGGAAACAUAACGAGGGUGAAGAUUAAUGAGCUGAAGCCGCUUAAGCCUCGCUACGAGGUCCCAGACGUGCUCGUCAGAGAGCCGCCUACAGAGCCCCUGUCUCUCUUGUCUUGAGAUGAGAACGGAGUGGUUCUGUCCCUGGGGGCGGAAUCUCAAAGGGUCAUAGUCAGUGCCCAGCCCUUCCGAUUGGACAUCAUGGAGCGACGUGACGUGCUCAUGUCCCUAAACUCGCGAGGCCUCCUGGCCUUUGAGCACUUAAGGAAACGGAAGGACACUUUCUCCUAUUUAAUAACUGCCACAUUUGCUAGUGUGUGGAAUAUUGUUCAGAGUGUAUUCUCUAGACAGGCAAACGGAGAGGCUCAGGAUGCAAAUUUGGCUAACGAGGAAGAGGCUGUAGUGUCUGAGAAAGAUGAAGAGGGCAUGUGGGAAGAAAUGUUUAAAUCAUUUUCAGACAGCAAACCUAAUGGUCCAUUGGCUAUAGGUUUAGACUUUUCAUUGCCAGGGGUAGAGCAUGUCUACGGCAUUCCAGAGCAUGCAGAUUCCCACCGACUCAAAACUACAGAAAAUGGAGAUCCAUAUCGACUCUACAAUUUGGAUGUGUUCCAAUAUGAGCUCCAUAGUCCAAUGGCACUUUAUGGCUCUGUACCUGUUAUGUUGGCCCACAAUGCCCAGCGGACCACAGGUAUCUUUUGGCUCAAUGCUGCUGAGACGUGGGUUGAUAUUAGCUCCAACACUGAGGGGAAGACUGUCUUUGGAAAAAUGCCGGAUUACGUGCAAGACUCAAGUGAGAUACCACAGACAGAUGUGCACUGGAUCUCUGAAAGCGGCAUCAUUGAUGUCUUCAUUAUGCUCGGCCCGACACCAAAAGAUGUCUUUGCACAGUACGCCUCCCUGACAGGCACACAGGCAUUCCCUCCUCUGGCUGCUCUGGCCUACCACCAGUGUCGCUGGAACUACAAUGACCAAGACGACGUGCAGUCGGUGGAUGCAGGCUUUGACGAGCACGAUAUUCCCUACGAUUUCAUCUGGCUGGAUAUUGAGCACACUGAUGGUAAACGCUACUUUACUUGGGAUGCUAGCAAGUUUGCCACACCCAAGGAAAUGCUUCAGGGUCUCCUGGGUAAGAAACGCAAGAUGGUAGCCAUUGUAGACCCUCACAUCAAAGUGGACUGCAGCUACACGGUCCACAGUGAAAUCAAGUCUCGAGGUUAUUUCACAAAGAACAAGGAAGGUGGUGACUAUGAAGGCUGUUGUUGGCCUGGUAUUGUCAGCUAUCCAGACUUUACCCGUGAAGACGUGAGAGCUUGGUGGGCCAGCAUGUUUGCCUACGACAAGUAUGAGGGCUCCAUGGAGAACUUGUACACAUGGAACGACAUGAAUGAGCCUUCGGUGUUCAAUGGGCCCGAGCUGACCAUGCACAAGGAUGCAAAGCACGGCGACUGGGAGCAUCGCGACCUGCACAACAUUUAUGGCUUCUAUGUGCAAAUGGCCACAUCGGAGGGCCUGAUCCAGAGAUCGGGAGGGGUCGAAAGACCUUUUGUCUUGACCAGGGCCUUCUUUGCUGGCUCAUAGCGCUAUGGUGCUAUGUGGACAGGUGACAAUGCCGCUGAGUGGGGCCACCUAAAAAUCUCCAUCCCCAUGUGUCUGAGCCUUGGCCUGGUGGGAAUAGCUUUCUGUGGUGCAGACGUUGGGGGCUUCAUCAAGUCUCCAAGCUCGGAGUUGCUGGUGCGAUGGUACCAGACGGGAGCCUACCAGCCUUUCUUCAGGGCCCACUCCCACAAUGACACUCCCCGCCGUGAGCCCUGGCUCUUCGGCCCAGAGAACACGGCACUGAUCCGUGAAGCCGUGCGCCAACGCUACACCCUCUUGCCGUACUGGUACCAGCAGUUCUACCACACUUACCGCACGGGACAUCCUGUCAUGAGGCCGCUGUGGGUGGAGUAUCCUCAGGAUCCUGCUACUUACGCUCUUGAUGAUGAAUUCUUGAUCGGAGGAGACUUGUUGGUGCACCCUGUCACUGAAGAGGGAGCAACUGGAGUCACGGCCUAUCUGCCUGGAAAAGAGGAGGUCUGGUUUGAUGCCCACACCUUCCAGAGACACAAUGGCACCCAGAACCUUUACAUUCUUGUGACCAUGAGCUCUAUCCCAGUUUUCCAGCGCGGCGGCUCCAUUAUUCCCAAAAAGCAUCGAGUGCGCAAGUCUUCUACCUACAUGGAGCACGACCCUUACACUUUGUACGUGGCCCUCAACCCACAGUCCAAGAGGGCUGCAGAAGGAGAGCUGUUCGAUGACGGACACACUUUCAACUUUGAGAAGAAGGAGUUCAUCCACAGGAGGCUGUCCUUCGCCAACAACAUCCUCUCCUCUGUGAACCUUGCUCCAGAUGCCCAGUUCUCCACCCGCUCCGUUGUUGCGUGCAUUCUCAUAUUGGGAGCAAGUAAACCCACCAAGGCUACCCUGAAGACAGCUGAUGGUAAGACGAGCCAGCUUGAGUUUGAAUUCAAUGCCAGCACGUCGGUCUUGACCCUCCACAACCCUGGCAUGAACGCCGGAACUGACUGGACCGUGAUGCUGCAGUAAGCGUGGAAGACUGCAGGGAGGAGGAGGAAGAGCAGGAGGACAAAAGUGACUGAAGACAAGAAAAGAACAAACGAGAAAUAAGCAUCAGGAUUGCCCACUGUGGAAAGUUGUGGACUUUCAAUGCAACACAUCCAAGCACACAGUUAUAUGACGUGUACAUCUCAACACCCACAUGCCCCUCUUUUCAGCCCUGAAAAGGUUAAUGAAUAACAACUACUAGUAACUACUAGAACAAGGCUACCCAUAUCAUUGGAAUUAAUGAGCUCGUUGGGGGAGGGGGGUCAGAGGAAUAAAGCUGAUGAGCCAGACAAUGAAGUUAUGGGAAAGAGUAGUUGAAGCUAGACUAAGGGCAGAAGUGAGCAUUUGUGAGCAGCAGUAUGGUUUCAUGCCAAAAAAAAGAGUACUACAGAGGCAGUAUUUGCUUUGAGGAUGUUGAUCGAGAAGUACAGAAUAGUUUUUAUGAUCAUAAAUGUUGCUGCGAUUUUGUUGGGUUCAGCUCAAUACAGUGGAAAUAGAAGUGAAGGAGCAAAUUAGUUGUACUUUCAAUGAUGUGACCAAGUGAAAAUAAAGAUGACCAAA